AUGGCGCUUAAAUCGGCGCUGCUUCCGGAUCCGUGGACGCUAGCAAUUUCUUAUUGCGUUUUGGACUUCGAUAGGAAUGCGUCUGUUAUUGGGGCAAGCUUUGCUCACCCAAUGCUGGCGCCUUGGAGAUGCUUUUACAUCAUGAGGAUAAAAUACAAGAUGCGAUUGACGCGUUUGACGCGAUUAACUAGUCGACCUUCUUCUACCAACGCAUCCACUUCCCAUGAGUGGUUGUAUCUCGAUGUCGCCUUUGUCUCCACUGUAUCGGCUAGCCUACAUCCGGCUUUAGACCAGGCCCUGCUAGGCCCUGCCGCCGAUUUUACAUAA